AUGGAGCGCAGGAAACCCCACCAGCUCAUGGCCGCGGCCGCCCUUGCACUCCUCGUCCUGGCUGCCCGUGACCUCAUCACCUGCAGUGCCGGCGAGACCCAGACCCUGAUCAAGUUCAAGGGCUCCCUCUCCAACGCCACCGUGCUGAGCAACUGGGACAGCAACUCCGCCUCCCCGUGCAGCUGGACUGGCGUGUGGUGCCUCAACGGCAGCGUGUGGCAGCUCAAGCUUGACGGGAUGGGCCUUGGCGGGAUGCUCGACAUGGAAUCGCUCGCCGAGCUGCCCCUCCUCCGCAUCCUGAGCAUCAGGGGCAACUGGUUCGAGGGGCCGAUGCCGGAGGUGAAGAAGGUGGUGGCGCUCAAGGCGGUGUCAAUGUCGAGCAACCGGUUCUCGGGGGAGAUCCUGGACGAUGGGUUCGAGGGGAUGGAGGCGCUGAAGAUGGUGUACCUGGACAGGAACAGGUUCACAGGGCCGGUGCCGACGUCGCUGGCGAAUCUGCCGAGGCUGGUGAACCUGAGCCUGGAGGGGAACCAGAUGGGAGGGAAGAUACCGGACUUCCGGCAGAUGGAGCUGCGGAUGGUGGACUUGGCCCACAACCAGUUCGAAGGGAAGAUACCUCCGGGGCUAAGGAAAAUGAACUCCUCCUACUUCCAAGGGAACAAACACUUGUGCGGGAAGCCUCUUUCCCCGUGCAAAUCGUCGAAGAAAAUAAUACUCUUCAUCGCCAUAGGAGUCGCUGCCGCGCUCCUCGCCUUGGCCGUGGUCUGCACGUUCAUGUACAGGAAGAAAUCGGACAUCGACGAGGCCCACCAUGUGAAGCCCGAAAGGGGAUUCGGGCCCUACGGCGCUGGCCUGAGGGACGCCCAGGUGAACAACCAGCAGCCGCAGAUGAGGAAGAGAGGAGGAGAUCACCAAGGGAAGCUGGUCUUUGUUAGGAGCGGCCGGGAGCGAUUCGACUUACAGGACCUGCUCCGCGCCUCUGCGGAGGUCCUGGGCAGCGGGAGCUUCGGGUCAUCGUACAAGGCGGCGUUAAUGGGUGGGCCUGCGGUCGUGGUGAGGCGGUUCCGGCAAAUGAACAACGCCGGGAAGGAAGGGUUCUAUGAGCACAUGAGAAGGCUGGGGAGUCUGUCUCACCCUAACUUGCUUCCUCUAGUAGCUUUCUUUUACAGGAAAGAGGAAAAGCUCUUGAUCUCGGAUUUCGUUGAGAAUGGAAGCCUGGCAAGUCAUCUUCAUGCGAAUCGUAAUCCAGGACAACCCGGGCUCGACUGGGCGACCCGUCUGAAGAUCAUCAGGGGUGUUGCAAAGGGUCUCGAGUACCUCUACAAGGAGCUUCCCGGCCUGUCCUUGCCCCACGGCCACCUCAAGUCGUCCAACGUCCUCCUGGACCGGGACUUCACGCCGCUCCUGACGGACUAUGGCCUUGUGCCCGUGAUCAACAAGGACCACGCACAGCAGUUCAUGGUGGCGUUCAAGUCUCCCGAGUUCACCCACAGCGACCGCAUGACCAAGAAGACCGACGUGUGGAGCCUGGGGAUACUGAUCCUAGAGAUCAUAACGGGCAAGUUCCCGGCAAACUACCUGAAGCAAGGGAAAGGAGCGAACGCCGACCUGGCGACGUGGGUGAACUCGGUGGUGAGGGAGGAGUGGACGGGCGAGGUGUUCGACAAGGACAUGCGAGGGACAAAGAACGGGGAGGGGGAGAUGCUGAAGCUGCUGAAGAUCGGCAUGUGCUGCUGCGAGUGGAACGUGGAGCGGCGGUGGAGCCUGAGGGAGGCCAUGGACAGGAUUGAGGAGCUGAGGGAGAGGGACAGCGAUGAAGAGUACUCUUCUUACGGCAGCGAGGGAGAGCUGUACUCUUCUAGGGCAAUGACGGAGGAUGCCUUCUCCUUCUCGGUCACCAAUUGACCGUUGACUUGCCGUGCUUGACUUCUUCGAUCCUCUGUUCCCAUGUUGUUGAAGAUCUUAUAUUUUGACUUGAG